AGCGAGACCCGCGCGCCGCCGCCUCCGCCGCCGCCCGCGCUAUGGCGGCCCCGGCGCUGCCCCCGCUGCCGCCGCAGCUCAAGAGCAUCCAGCACCAUCUGCGGACCGCACAGGAGCUGGACAAGCGCGAGCCCGUGGUGGCGUACUACUGUCGUUUGUAUGCAAUGCAGACAGGGAUGAAGAUUGACAGUAAAACGCCAGAAUGCCGUAAAUUUUUGUCCAAACUUAUGGAUCAGUUGGAAGCUAUGAAAAAGCAAUUUGGUGAUAAUGAAGCAAUUACUCAGGAAAUUGUUGGCUCUGCUCAUGUGGAGAAUUAUGCCUUGAAAAUGUUUUUGUAUGCAGACAAUGAAGACAGAGCUGGGCAAUUUCAUAAAAACAUGAUAAAGUCCUUUUAUACUGCAAGUCUCCUGAUAGAUGUUCUAACAGUAUUUGGGGAGCUCUCUGAAGAGAACGCCCAGCACAGGAAGUACGCCAGGUGGAAGGCAGCAUACAUUCAUAACUGCUUAAAGAAUGGAGAGACUCCUCAGCCUGGCCCCAUUGGAAUGGAGGGAGAGAGUUUUGCAGAUGCUGAAAGGGAAGAAGCGGGGUCAUCUUCUGUCCAUAGUGGAACAGCUCCAUCAUCAUCAUCAUCUACAUAUGAAGCUAACAACACACCAACUAGUAAUUACACUGGCAUACAUAUACCACCAGGUGCCCAUGCACCUGCCAACACUCCAGCUGAAGUACCUCAUAACACAGGAGUGACAAGUAACACCAUUCAGCCUGCUCCUCAGAAUAUUCCUCUGGUUGAUCCUUCCCUUUACAGUGCUCAGUCUACAGGAGAAGUCCGCUUGACUCCAGAGGACUUUGCCAGAGCUCAAAAAUAUUGCAAAUAUGCUGGCAGUGCGUUGCAGUAUGAAGAUGUGAGCACUGCUGUGCAAAAUCUACAGAAGGCCCUCAAGUUACUCAUUACAGGCAGAGAAUGAAACUUUAAUCCAACAGAUUCAUGUCUUUCACCUAAGGAACUAACAGUUUAUUACUGUACCUGUUAGGGAAGUGGAGUUACACAGAAAUUCUCAAUCCCAUCACUCAUGACUAUGAAACCACUGUUUCAGUGUCAGACUAGCAAUUAAUGGUACAGUAGGAAUCUCUGUUUUCAUUUUAAAGACAGUGGAGCUUGAAACAUGAAUGCAGUGGCUUGAUGUAUGCAAAAUAUUAAAGAAAGUACUGUGAACACCACUCAAGAGUUAGAAUUCAUUUUGGAAUAUUUGGACUAUCAGAAUUGGAAAAUGCUCAAUGUAAAAAACUUAAAAAUUAGGAUGUUUUGUUAAAAUUUUUACUCCUGUUUUAUUAUUGCAAACAAUUAUUUAAUAGAUAUAAUAGCUUUAAAAUGGUAACUAAGAUUAGUGCUUUCCUCCUGAAAUGAGAGGCUGAAUGUGAGAAGGCUGACAGGUCCACACUGGGAAGGACUUUUCUAUACGUAAAUUAUUUCGGUAUUUGUAUUAUCUGAGACAUAAGUCUAAGUUGAGGGACUCUUGAGGACAUUUGUAUUUCAUUUGAAAAUGUUCUGGAAAAAAAAAUCUCCCGAUACUUCAGAGGGAGUAAUUUUGAUGCUGUUCCAAUUUAAUCUCCCACAGAUGUAUGGGUUACUACAUGUAUUCUUGAUUAUUGGUUCUUGCUCCUUCUGUAUGAACAAUUAAAAUUUUAUAUAUCUGUAUGAGUAAUUAAGAGAAAAUACUAAUAUUUAUCAACAAUGAUCCCAAAACUGGAGGCAGAGAUUCUAAAUAAUUUGAAAUUUUAGGAAGACUCACUGAAAGAACAAAACUGUUCCAUCUUUUUAAGAGGCUGAAAAAAAGCUCGUUCUUCAUCCAUUAAAACACUAUAGUUAUGUCUCUGGUAUUAGUGUCAUAGAGCUUUGUAUUUCCAACUAAUAUUUUUCCUGUCUGCUUUGUUGUGAAGACUUUUGGACUUGGGAUUUAAUUAAAAUAUCUUGGAAACUGAAUUUUGAGUCUUUAUGAGGUCUACCACUGUAAUUAUAGAUCUCCUGAUUGUUAAAAAGCCCCCCAUGCUGUUUAAAAGAAAGAAUACACAAUCUUUGAACUGGCGUGACAUAAUAAUUGAGUACACCAUUAAGCAUGUCUGAUAUAUGUAAAAAUUUUAAUGACAUUCUAUCUGAUCUCUCUGUCUUUCCAAGCUGCUGGAUCAAAUCCAUGUUAUUUAUUGCUGCACUGCUUUGAAGUGACUAAAAUGAGUCUUAUAUUCAAAGCAAAAAGAAAGAAAAAGAAAAUGAAACAUAAGCAUGCAUUAAAGUUUAGCUGGUGGAAUCCCUUUAA